UAGUAAUUAGAUAUUGUCUGUGCUUAUUUUAUUUUUCUGAUUCAUCAAGUGAAUUAUAUUGCUGGAUUUAAAUACGUAAAAUUACAAACUAAUAUGUUAAUUUUAGUGUUUUAAGUGAUCAAUGGAAAUGUAGUGCCUUAUUGUGAAUGUUGUGUGGUUUAAUUUACGUAUAAAUUCACUGCUUCAUCUUUGAUGAGGAUGAUCUCAUUGACGUUCUGACAUUACAGUCUUUUUAGCGGAUUCUUGAUCGUUUUAUUAUUUUGCUAUUGGGUCCAAUGACCUUGUAACUUAAAAAUAAUUUCAUCGAAAUUUAAUAGUGACAAUGAGGAAACAGUUUUAUAAGGUUAAGCAACUCGCCGACCAAACGUUUUCAAGGUCAGGUAAAGCAGAAGGAUUGACAGAUGAGUUACAGACAGCAGACAGAAAGGUAGAACACUUGAGAAAUGCCUUACAGUUGGUUAGCAAACGGUUGUCAACGGGAGCUGGCAGUACACAGGGCCAGGACCCCGCAGCCAGAGAGAAAAGACUGAAGAAACUGCCAGAAUACCUCCUUGGAUUGUCUAUGUGUGAAGCCAGUAAUUUUGAUGACGAUGAUAGCAUUUUAAAAUACAUUUUAUAUGAAUGUGGUAAAACUGAAAAAUUUUUGGCCAAUGAGAUAGCCGAGCAUGAGCUGAAGGUGGAACAAUUAGUUUGUGCACCAUUAACAACUAUUAGUGACCAGGAUCUUCCGGCCAUAAUGAAAGCUAAGAAACAACUUAAUAGACUUAUGAGUGAAAAGGAAUCCGCCACUAGCAGAUAUCAUCACCUAGAACGUCAAAAAGAAGAGAAUCCAACAAAAUUAAAUGCUGCAAGAGAAGAAUUGGAGGAUGUUGGAAUCAGAGUGGAGGCUGCAAGGGAUGCUCUGGCCGCGGACAUGUUUGCACUUGUCGCAAAAGAAGCCCAACUUGCCCACACUCUUCUGCAAUAUGUUAAGCUACAGAGAGCAUACCAUGAGUCCGCAUUACAUUCCUUACAAGACACUGUUCCGGAGCUAGAAAGAUUUAUUAAUGACAGCUCCGUAAAGCCGGUGUUUGGAUAUCCCCUAGAAGAACACUUGAGAGUGACAAAUCGUUGUAUAGCGUUCCCAAUUGAGUUAUGUGUGUGCACGUUACACGAACUCGCGUUGAAUGAGGAGGGGCUCUUUCGAAUUGCCGGCGGUACUUCCAAAGUACGCAGAAUGAAGCUGUCACUAGACGCUGGCCUGUUCAACGUCCCGCUCCCCCGGGACUACAGGGACAUGCACGUCGUCGCUUCAGUUCUCAAGAGCUACCUCCGAGAACUGCCCGAACCAUUAUUGACGUACCGACUCUAUGAGAACUUUGUGAACGCAUCCCGUCAGCCUUCAGAACAAACUCGACUUAACGCUAUCUGGGAAGCCAUACACUUACUGCCCGAGGCUAAUUUCCAAAAUCUUAGGUAUCUUAUCAAAUUUUUGUCUACUUUGACACAGAACCAAAGUACAAACAAAAUGACGCCGUCGAACCUCGCCAUCGUGAUCGCUCCCAACCUGCUGUGGGCCGCCGACGAGAGCACUUUCGACAUGAACAUCACCACCGCCGUCAACUGCAUCGUAGAACUGCUCAUCAAACACGCCGACUGGUUCUAUAAAGACGACAUCAACUUCUUCAUUUCAUUCACCAAAGAGGAUCUUCUUCCAGAUCAAUGCGAGUACGGGUUUUCACCCAACUUCGUGCACGGCAUGAACCAAACUGCCGCGCUCAGUCAGGAACCAGCUAACGGCGACUACAGCAGUAUGAGCCGGUCCAUGUUCGACUACAACCAUCACAGCCUGGCCAAGGUGGCCGACGGAGGCGGACGGCACUCGAGGAGCAACAGUCACGACACUAGUUUAAUAUUGUUAGAGAACGAUAUAAAGAAGGCGCAGUCCAACAGCUCGUUGUCUGAUCAGUCUAGUCCCCCCCAUGGUAGUCCUAAGCCUAUAAUGAGGCGAAAAAAUAAACCACUCGCUCCAGUGCCGCCUAACUUUACUCCUGACAAAAAUAAGAGAGUAGAGCCUCAGCCUCCUGCACCGGAGGUUGUUAAAGAACAAGCAAGUACAAAGAUAGAUAACGACAAGCCUGCCAAACCUCCCCGACCCGUGAUAUCCGACAGCGGCAAGGUGAUCUCAGGCGUACAGACAAUAAACCGCUCCACGUACAGACAGAACCGCGCCAUGAAGGAGGAGGCGGCGCGCUCUAGUAGUCGCGAGCACCUCGCCGACACGCGCCGGCAGAGCCUCGAACUAGACAAGGACAAGAUCGACGUACUCAAACCACCUGAGCCAGGGAAAGAAUCCACACUCGUGGUGAAAAAUGUAACAGCACAGACUGGAAUCGUGAGCAGAAUGAAAGUAGUGGGAGAUGCGUUCAGUGGGCCCGCGUCACUGGGCGCCGAGCGAUCCGCGCCCACCGUCGACAAGGUCGUAGCGGCGCGGCUGCAACCUAUUGCCAAGCCGGCCGGCCAGGCCCCGCCCCGGCCCGUCGCGGCCCCGCGCACCAUAGUGCCCGCGCUGCCCGACCCCGCCCCCGCAGCCCCGCCAGCGCUCACUAGCUCCGCUGCCGAGCCGAGCGACGUCCAGCUCCGCCACAAGCCGGCCGUGCCAGAGCGGCCCGCCACGCUGCGGCCGCAGAGCUUCCGAGCGCCUCGCUCCUCACUCACCGACGCCCCGGACAUAGCGCCCACUGUACUGGAGCGCACUCACAUCUACACCGUGGACAAGCAACACCCGACCGUCAUACAGGUGGGAGCUAGCGCGGCCAGUGCGGCGGACAAGGAGGCGGAAGAAGUGCCGCGCGCCACGGUGCAGCGCACGCACAGCUCGGGCGGUCGCGACGGGGAGCUGGAGGAGCCGCGCAGUCUGUGCGUGGCCAGCCGCCAGCUGUCGCAGUCGGAGGGCGACAUCACGGACUGUCCGUCCCCGCGGCCGCAGCCCUCGCGCCCCCCGCGCCCGCUCGUGCCGGCGCCGCCCCCGCCGGUGUCCGCGCCGGCCGCGCAGGCCACACCUAUUCCAGUGACACAGCCAGCCCAGCCGGCUCAGCCAUCCCAGCCUGCCCAAGCAGCUCAGCCAGCUCAGCCUGCGCCUCAGGCGCCUGCGGCUCAGGUUGCGCAACCCCUGAGAGAGAGUACAGAUCUCUAGCCGUCGCUAUUCGUCCCAGUGCCCAUGCCGAGGUUAAAACGUCGUCGUUAAUUCGACGUUUGACUGCUUUUGCAGACGGCGCUACACCGUGUUUGCUACGAUACUGGUCUAAAAUACUAAUCUAGUUUUCGCAAUCGUGAAUUUAUUAUGAAGUCGCAACGAGACUGAUGUUCGCUCUUAUUUUCUGCUAUGCCGUGUCUCGGUCGCGUAGAAAAAGUUAUUUGAGAAACGUUUUUCUUUGCAUCAAAUGAGUAUUAUGUAUUUAUUUUUAUAAAGUGUAGCAUUAAUACUAAGAUAACACGUGAUAAUUUGAAUAAUAUUAUCUAUCUAUUACCAAAUUAGAAAUUACAGCUUUUGCGUAAUACGUAGGUCUGACGAUUAAUCAUUGACCCCUGGAAUAUUAUUCCAAAAAGACAUAUCGGUUAGAUUGUCUAUAUAGCUUUUUUAUUAAAUCUAAUUUUAUCAAAAUAAUGGAAUGUUGUAAACUAAGUUUGUACAAUGAGUGAAUGUUGCAAUUAAUACUUGUGAUAUUAGAAAAGUAUAACCACACUCCCGGUCAAUGACCGCUAGCGGGAGCAUGCACAAAUGUAAUUGUAACGAACAGCCAUAUUUUUAAUGAUUUUUGUGAUGGAAUAUACCAUGGAGCACGGCACUGGCCAGCGCCGGCGAGUCAUUUUAUUUGCUAGCCAUUGUGACGCGUUUUCGACUAUUUGGCUGCUACAUAGAUUUUAUUUUUUGUAAUCAGAGUUAAUUAAAUUGUAUUUAUAAAUUAAUCCGGCGUUGACCAACUGAACGAGUGCGCUAUGGUAGUAUUCCGUUGACUUGUCAAUGCAUUAGAUUUAGAAAUGGACGCAAUGCUGUUUUAAUGACUAUUAUUUUAGCUAUAAGUAUGUUAUGUAGUGUUUACAAUCUUAUGUGAUAUGCAUUUUAUUAUUAUAUACUUCAAGUAUACCAGCUUCUGUUGUAAGUAUUAAUAAAAUAGCCCAAACAUUAAA